CCCUCGAACCCAAUCAAACACCACCGAGCACUAUACAAAGGGAAACACAAUUUAGGGUUUUACCUUUGAAAACUCAAGACUUUGUGGUUUUCCCGAGCAAGAGAGAGAGAAAGCAACAUGUUUCCUGGGAUGUUUAUGCGGAAGCCGGACAAGGCCGUGGCUCUGAAGCAGCUGCGAAGCCACGUGGCGAUGUUCGGGGCAUGGGUCGCCGUGAUCCGUGUCACCCCCUAUGUUCUUCACUACCUUGCUGGUGAGAAGGAAGAGCUCAAGCUCGAGUUCUAGAUCCCAUUCCUCUUCCAAUUCCAUUCUCGCUAGUGUGACUGGGAGGAGAGGAAUUGACAUGAUGGACAAGCUUUUCUGGGCUCUUAACUUUAUUUAUAUCGUUUUUUUUUUUUUAUCCUGGAAUAUUCUCAGGCCAGAGUGUCCUUCAUUAAUUAGAUCAUGUUUCUUGAAGCUUAUCUAUCAUUUAAGGCGAAAACUUGGUUCAUGUUAUCUUGUGGAUAAUAUUUCAUUGGAUGUACCUUGUUAUUUGGUGAUAGCAAUAUUAAAUUUGACUUAUUGACAGGGAUA